CAAACGUAAUAUGAAAACGUAGAAGAAGACUUUGUCCGGAACUGUCAGCGAAAUGUUCUAUUUUAUUUCCACUUUUCUAACUGUGAUGAUUCCGUAAUAACAAGAAUAACCAGCUCUGCGACGCCGGCAGGGAUCAAACCGCGAAUAUGACAAAUGUGUAUUCCUUUGAUGGCAUCUUGGUGUUCGGGCUGCUGUUCAUCUGCACGUGUGCGUAUCUCAAGAAGGUCCCUCGCCUCAAUGGCUGGCUGUUGUCAGAAAAAAAGGGAGUUUGGGGAGUCUUCUACAAAGCUGCAGUCAUUGGUACACGGCUUCACAUAGCUGUGGCGACGUCCUGUCUGAUCAUGGCCUUCUAUCUUGUCUUCUUGAAAUGAUAUGGAUGGAACGGAUUGUGAUCAAGUGGGCAAGCACAGGUAAAGGAUGGACUUGGCAGUCGCAUGUGGAUCCGUACCGACUGGCAUUCAGCGCUGAUGUCCUGUGGACCCAUGUGAGGAGGAGAAGGAAAAGGAAUGAGUCGCUGCCGCCCCCUUGUGGUGUCUCGGUGUAGUACCGCUUCUCCGAGCGCACCAGUGACGUGUGAAGCGCAUCAUGAAUCACCCCACAGGAAUAACUGAGGCGCAGGUUCAUUUUGCCUCGUUCCGUCUGUUCAUAGUGAGACGCCUGUCCACAGUCCCUUGUAAAUAUUUAUAUUGAAAAUACAGAGUAUGGAAGAAUAGCUGCGUUAUCUGUGUACACGACCUAAAGUUAGCAUAGUGCGUAUAUAUGAAGAAAAUUACGAGAGAGGUUGUAUGAGAUAAUAAGAAACAAUUCUGCUUCAUUUCCUGCCCCUGUUGUCUCAUUUUAUACCUGUUUUUAAGGUGGUGGGGAUUAAUUGAUCUAAUGUAUAAGGGUUUGGGGGAUGUGUGGCCCUGGUUUUCCUUUGUCUUUCACACUAUCGUUUUCUGACUUGAUUUUAGUUCCUUGGUAAAAUAAGCGUUCACAAAAUAUGAAGUAUCCAGGUGUCACCUCAGCUACAUGUACAUGCAGCACUCUAACCUUUAGAAAUGAAUUGGGUUAUGGUGGACCUGCAAAAGGUUGUGAAGACAAUGCCAAAUUAAGAUAUGCUUACACUCAGUCCUUGAUUUUAUAUAAACUGUAACAUUAUUUCUAUGGUUUGGGUGAAAUUAAGAUCCAAUCGAAAUCUCAAUAAAUUCUUGUCUCUGGUUUAUUUAUAA